AUGUCUGUAAGUGAAAAAAUUAUACUUGUAACUGGUGGAACAGGACUAGUUGGGAAAGCUAUACAAACUGUUGUUGAAACAAAUAAAAAUGAAAAUGAAAAGUGGAUAUUUGUAGGGUCCAAAGAUGCAGAUUUAUGUGACAAGCAGAGUACAGAGAAGCUAUUUGAAAAACACAAGCCUACACAUGUUAUUCAUUUGGCUGCUAUGGUUGGUGGUCUAUUCUAUAAUAUGACACACAAUUUGGAUUUUUUGCGGCAAAAUAUUCACAUGAAUGAUAAUGUAUUACAAACUGCUCAUGAAAGUGGUGUUGUUAAAGUCAUUUCUUGUCUGUCAACAUGCAUAUUCCCUGAUAAAACAACAUAUCCUAUUGAUGAAACCAUGAUUCACAAUGGACCACCUCAUUCAUCAAAUUAUGGCUAUAGUUAUGCUAAGCGUCUUAUAGAUAUCCAAAAUAGAGGUUAUUAUGAACAGUAUGGUAGAAUUUAUACUAGCAUUAUUCCAUGUAAUGUAUUUGGACCAAAUGAUAAUUUCAAACCUGAUGCCAGUCAUGUUAUACCAGGUUUAAUGAGAAGACUUUAUGACAUAAUAAAAGAUGGAAAUACUGAAAGUAAAGAAUUUACUGUGUUAGGUUCUGGAAAGCCUUUGAGACAAUUUAUUUACAGCAUAGAUUUAGCUAAGUUAAUAAUAUGGGUAUUGCAGGAGUAUAAGUCUGUGGAGCCAAUUAUAUUAUCAGUUGAUGAAUCCCAGGAAGUCACAAUUUCUGAAGCAGCUGAAGCAAUAGCACAAGCCUUUAAUUUCAAAGGAAAAGUGGUAUAUGAUUUAUCUGCAGCUGAAGGACAAUAUAAAAAAACAGCAAGCAACGCAAAACUUCGAAAAUUUUUACCAGAUUUUCAAUUCACACCAUUUAAUCAAGCCAUUAAAGAAACUGUCAAUUGGUACAUAGAGAAUUACGAUCGGGCGAGAAACUAA